AUGCCUCCAUUUACACCAGAUGCGCGUAAUUUGGGAGGUAGGAACAUGAUAUCUUAAUAAAUUUGGAAUCACUUACAAUAGUUAAAGGAAAUAUCAUAACAAAUACCACAGAUUUUAGUAUCACCACGGAAACUUCCGAAUUCGCCUAAGCAAAGUAUCGAAACUAUAAAUUACAAGAGAGUCAAUAGAAAAUAAGAUUACUUACUCUAUCCAACUUACUUGUUUAGACGUAAAACUGUGUCUGAAAGUUUCACUUCAUUGAGUCCCAAAAACAUUCGAGAUGAAACACAAUUACUGUUCUAAGAACCUCUUCUAAGAAGACAGAAAAACCUGAAAUCUCCUCAAAAGAUCUUUCCAUUCAGCACCAUCUAGUUGGGGGCUCUGCAGAAAAUCAAGGCGAAUGAAAUUAAAAUGAAUAAGAAGAAUGACGACAUUCCAUGGUGCGAGGUAGAGAUGGCAGUCAAAGAAUUCAGCAGCAAAUAUGAGGAGUUGUUGAAUGACAUCUAACAGGUAAUCUCGGAAUUCGGAAUCUACAGUGCUUCUGAUUAUCAAGUCCUGAUCCACAUGAUUUUGAGACUCAAACCCCAGAUACCCAAGAUGGACUUACUAAAUAUUUUUAAUGAAUCGAUUAUUAAGCAAUAAUUAUAACUGUCUUGA